CACGAACACUUUAUAGCGGCGGACCAAAAUGGCCGCGCUCCGGACGGGAGCAGCCUUCCUCGGUUUCUUCAGGAGUUCUACUCGUCUCCUGCUCAGUUCCAGAAAACCUCUCAAACCCGGAAUAUGGACGAAAAUGCUUCGUUCGGGUGUCUCAUCUGUGGCCGUCGGUGGCGCAGCUUUGUGUGCCGUGCCUUUCAGACAGGCUGAAAAUCUCUCCCACGACUCCCUGAUCAGGCGAGCAGCCUCUCUGGUAACAGACAGCUCAAGCACCUUCCUGUCCCAGACCACAUUGGCACUCAUAGAUGCCAUCACAGAGUACUCUAAAGCCGUGCACACACUAAUUGCCCUGCAGAGACGAUACCUGACCUCACUGGGAAAGCUGACUCCGGCAGAGGAGGACACGAUCUGGCAGGUGAUCAUCGGCCAGCGCACCGAGGUUAACGACAGACAGGAAGAAUGCAAGCGUUUCGAGUCCACCUGGGUGACGGCGGUGAGGCUGUGUGAAACGGUCGCCGAGGCGGCGUACACGUCAGGUGCAGAGCAUGCGUCCAUCACGGCCAGGACAAACAUUCAGGUGGCUCAGACGCAGGUGGACGAGGCGCGGAAACUCUCCCGCGACGCAGACCAGAAGUUAGCCGAAACCAAGGUGAUGGAGAUCGAACGCAUGGCACAAUAUGCCGCGUCCAUGGAGAGCAGCGGCGGCGAGGAGGAGGACAUCCCUGACGCUUAUCUGAGAGAGGAUUGAUCCGGAUGUCCUACAUGUGUCCAAAAACAAUCAGUUUGCGUCGUGUUGAUAGGCUGUUCUGCUUGUUGUUUACGCUGGAGUGUGAUCGGCUCAUUCUCUGUCAUGUUCAUGUGGGUGUGAUUACAUCUGCACAUAAAGUGAUCCAGGUCAAAUGAACAUGUUCAGCUUUCACAGCUUGUGUUAAAGUGUUGCAGAAGUAUUUAUGUGUUCAUUAUCAGUGGGUUAUAUCGUGUCUCCGCUGUGGGACUUUCACCUUGAUUUACUUUGUUUUGUUGCCUUUUGUCAAAUUUUAUUUGAAUGAAAACAAAAUGCAGUAAAAAUACAGCGAGAUUGUUCAUUUUGUGUCUGCUUGUUGGAACAGAGGUAGUCCUCUCAGUGAGAAAUGGGCAUGUGGACACAUUUACUACAUUAGAACCUAAUGUCAAUUUCUUUUUCUUUUUUUUUUUUUAAUAAAUGGAGCUUUUAUCUAUUACUGGUCAACUAAAAGUAACCAGGAUCAAUAAGCUGAGUUCGCUGCUGUAGAGUUGACUCUCUACGCUAAGUGGGUUCCUGUGUUUGAUGUCAAAUUAAAGAAUGUGUUAGACGCUGGCGGAGAGGAUGGCGUGGCUGUGGUGUCCAGUUGAAAGAGCUGGUUCAUUCUCCCUCCAGACGGGUCACUGCUGUGGCUCCAUAAACGUCUCUGGGUUCAUCUAAACAUUCAGAGUCCUGCGGCUCUGGAGCCGAUCGCUCAUUUAGCAUUUUUGCCGAUUUCGACCUGAAAUGCAUGAAUUGUGGGAGGAAACUGGACAAGGCUAAAAUAUCGAUUUCUCAUUGCUUCAUAGGAUCCCUGUAGAAAAAUGUCUUUAUCCUCCAGCCCAUGGAUGCUACAAAGCUCAGGGGAAACCAUCACUUGAACAGUGCAUGACUUGUGUCCUGAAAUAGAUUCAGGAAGGAAACAUUAAAAACACAGUAAAUUCGGUUUAGUGCUGUGAACUCUUUUUUUGUAACUAUCUUGCUAAAAAAUGAAAAUAAAUGUUCACA